AUGACGACCCUAAAUGGUCUCGAUGUCCUGUUUGCUGAAACCUUGCAGGCAGCACAGCGUGGUGUUUCCACUGGCCAGGCCAUUUGGUGGGUGAUGUUUCAAAAGCAGCGAAUUCGGGAUCAAAUCAUUGCAUCAUGGGUGCUGAUGCCUGCUUGCUGGACUUGCUGGAUGUAUUCCAGCGCGUUGACGGUGAAACCCAAAUGGCUGGCCCUGAUUUUGUGCGGUGAAAAACGCUGGGAGAUUCGACAGACCAAUACCGCGGCGCGUGGUCGAAUCGCCUUGUUGGCCAGCGGAUCCAGUUUGAUUUAUGGCUCUGUCGAUCUCUUCCGGACGUACCAUAGGACAAGAAGAAGUUUGCUGGGGAAAAAGGCACAUCAUUGUAUCCCUGAAGAUGAUAUGAAGGAGUAUGUGACCUGCAGAGGUGCAUGGGUUUGGGAACUGAGAAAUCCCAUGAUUCUCCUACGGCCUUUCCAAGUGGAACGGCGAGAGGGCUCCGUUUCGUGGGUGAAAUUGGAUGAGAUGACCAUGAAAUCUUUGCAAGAGCGUGCGUGCGCAUCGUGUGCUUCUGGCGCUUCUGAAAUCAAGGAGGCUCUCCUUCAGGACAUGCAGCUGGCAGCUGGGUAUUUCAAAUCCUUGCCGAAGCUGCCACCGAAGCCGCCAAGUCCACCGAAACGCAGCUUGAAAGAGCGUUUUCAGCUGGGCGCUCGGGCGGAAGCUGCGCAGUUCUGGCGGAGGAUGGAGGUGACGGAUGCGAAAGUGGCAUACAAAGUCUUUUGGACGGUGACCGCCUGGCAUGCGUUCAGCCCCGGCCCAGCUCACUUGCUCCGUCGCUUGUUGAGACACUUGACGCGCCGGAUCAAAGUGGAUCAGCUGGGACCCAAGAAGCUGAAGAAUCUCAGGAAGUGUCUGAAGCUCUUGAGGUCCGUGGAGUCAACGACUGGCACAGCGGACGCAGCUGACACAGCUGACACAGCGGGCAUCGCGCAAUACCGUGUGGUCUGCUGCAAGGAUUUGGAUUAUUCGGGUGACACGGACGCGCGGUCCGAGAAAUGGGAGGUGGUCUAUCCAGCUGACCAUCCAGUCAUCAGGUUGUGUGAUGAUUUGGACUUGAAGGAGAUCUCAAUGCCGCGAAGCUUUUUCUGGGAUGACUGGACCAACACACAGGAUGAAAAGCACAUCCUCAACCUCUUAGAGGACUGGACAGCUUUGCAGCACAAGACCUAUCGAGGAUUGGCUUGGAUGGCUGAAGGCUUACUGCAAGGCGGUGAAACUCUGUCAAAAAAAGCCGGUCAUGGCCCCUUCAAAGUGCUGCCGGGGAUCAUCACGGUGCGUAGUAGCUUCAUGUUGAGAUUCUGCAGCCAUGCACCGCAGAGUUGUGUGAGAGAUCGCUGGGACCUUGAACUUCCCACCUGUCACUGCAACCUCUUCUGCUUGGUGGCCAAGAGCAGUAAAGAAGAGCUGAAGGCGAUUAAUCGGAAACUUCGAGCAGUGGAGGAAUGA